GACUGCCGAAGCCACGCCCAGCCCUCGCGCCGCUUUGGGAGUUGGCCGCCUGCCGGCUUGGGAGGCGGGACUCCCUCGGGUUCAGCCAUGCUGCAUUAGGGGCUGUUCUUCCGCCGGAAGUAGCGCCGCUCAUUAAGGCGAGGCCCAGCCAGGAAAAAUAAAGGGCCUGAUUUCAGAAGAUUAUGUCCAAAGAUUCAGAUAAACAGCACAUAGGACAAUUGAACAGUGAUGAUUACAAUUCGGAUGAGGAUCCCUUUAAUCAAUUUUUAACAGAAGAUCUUGAGCAGUGUGGAUUUUUUUCAGAUGCUUUUUGUGACCAAUUUUUGCCACGGACGACUCAGCUUUUGUUGGAAUACAACUCAGGGAAAUGGGUGCCACGGCUUCGUGAACCACGUGAUUUAUAUGGACUGUCUCCUGCUGGACACCUGAACAUAAUACGCUGGCCUCAUCAAUAUGAAGUUAUCAGAGAGAAAAUUGAGCAUAUUGAGUGGGUUCCACCUCAUCCAGAGCCACUAUACUACCCAACCGGUUUGGAAACAGAGCCACCUUGCCCAGAACCUGGAGAGGGUGCUGUGGUGUAUUUAUCAGACCAAGCUGAUAAAGAUUCCAGCUUUAUGUAUUCUCGAAUAGGAGGGAGCUUCCCUUCCAAACAGGUGCUUCCUCAAUCCUGGAAUGACUGGGACAAUACUUUGAUUUUUGAAGCACGCUUUGAAAGUGGCAAUCUGCAGAAGGUGGUUAAAAUUAGUGAUUUUGAGUAUCAGCUGACACUUCGCACUGAUCUCUACACAAAAAGGCAUACUCAGUGGUAUUAUUUCCAAGUCACUAACACCCAAGCAGGAAUGCCUUACCGUUUCACCAUCGUCAACUUCACCAAGCCAACAAGUUUGUACAAUCGCGGGAUGCGUCCAUUGCUGUAUUCAGAAACAGAUGCAAAGAUCCGCAAUGUGGGCUGGCAGAGGACAGGAGACGAAAUAAAAUAUUACAAAAACAAUCUCAGUCAUGAUGGACGUCAGUAUUUUUCCCUGACAUGGACAUUCCAGUUCCCACAUAACAGGGACACCUGCUAUUUUGCCCACUGCUAUCCUUACACAUAUAGCAACCUGCAAGACUACCUGUCAGACAUCGCAACAGACCCAGGGAGGUCCAAGUUCUGCAAGGUCCGGAUUUUGUGCCAUUCUUUGGCAAGAAAUAUAGUCUAUGUCUUAACCAUCACAAACCCCUUGCAGGAUUUUAGGGAGGAAAAACGCAAGGCAGCCAUUAUUUUGACUGCUAGGGUGCACCCGGGUGAAACCAACAGUUCCUGGAUGAUGAAGGGCUUUCUGGAUUACAUUCUAGGAGAUUCAAGUAAUGCCCAGUUGCUCCGAGACACAUUUGUUUUUAAAGUGGUUCCAAUGUUGAAUCCAGAUGGCGUGAUUGUGGGCAAUUAUCGCUGCUCUUUAGCCGGCAGGGAUUUGAAUCGGAAUUACAAAUCGGAGCUCAAGGAAUCCUACCCUCCUAUAUGGUACACUCGCACUAUGAUCAAAAGAAUGAUGGAAGAGCGCAAUGUUCUCCUAUAUUGUGACCUUCAUGGUCAUAGCAGGAAGGAGAAUGUCUUCAUGUAUGGCUGUGAAAGAAAGGACCAGCAAGAAGAAGGCUCAUACUUACACCAGCGCAUUUUUCCUUUCAUUAUGAGCAAAAACUGUCCAGAUAAAUUCUCAUUUUCAGACUGCAGUUUCAAAAUACAGAAAAGCAAAGAAGGAACUGGACGAGUAGUUAUGUGGAAGAUGGGAAUCAGCAACAGCUAUACCUUGGAAGUUACUUUCUGUGGCUCUAAACUGGGUAACACACUUGGUACACACUUCACUACUAAGGAUCUAGAAUCCGUAGGUUACCAUUUCUGUGAUUCAUUGCUGAACUUCUGCACUGAAAACAAAAACAAGUAUAAUGAAUACAUCAAGGAACUGGAAGAAAUGGUGAAACAGGAUGACCACAUUACUUCUGUCAAUGACACAGUGGAUAAAGAUUCCAGCUCUGAUAGCUCAGAUUCCAAUGAACCUGUUGUUAAAGUAGUCUCCCAGGGAAAGUCAAGAAAGAAGUGCCUGAAAACCAAGAAGGAAAGGAGUUUAAUUUUCGAAUCACCUGCCAGAAGAAUUCCUAAGCAGCCACGUGAACCAAUGCAGAGUGAAGUGAAAAAAUCAGAAGAGCCUUCUCACCGAAUUUCCAAGAGUCAAGAACAUAUACUAAAAAACACCCAGAUUUUUCAGAGAUUGAAACUACUAGAGUUACAAAACAUGCCAAGAGAAAAAUGUUCGAUUUCCAAACAGAACCUGGAGCUUUUCUGCAGACCCUCUAAUGCUAAAAAGGGAUGCCCAGAACACUUAUGGGAAUGUGUUAAAGCGGAGCACCAAGACUUUGGGAAUGGGAAAUUGCCCGGCAAAGGCUAUGUCUGUACCAACUCCUUCUUUCCUUCUGGUAUAAAAGGAAAGAGGUGCUAUGAGUCAAAAACCUUAGCAGGUUUUCAUGAACUCUGGAAAGAAGCUAGCUACAUUGUAAAAGAUCAACCACCCCAAAUGACUUUCACCCCACAAGCAGAUUCUAUGCCAGAUGAAUCAACAAAAUACACAAUCCAAUAUCUCAGCCAUUAUUUUCCUGACCAAGAAUUAAAUAUUGGCUGGGACCUAGGGCAACCUUUGAAGAACAUGAUCUCCCAGAGAGUUUUCCUGCCUCCUGCCAUCCUUAACCAAAUGUGCAACACACCAAGAAGAAAUGGGGCAUUUUCUGGUUGCCGGCUUCCUCGGGUGGAAAAUAUGACAAAAGAAGCAAAGAUCCAGCGUAGAACUUCUCUAAUACAUGUGGAGAGACAUCCAAGUUCCAUGGCUUUGUCGCAGACUAAUGGAGAAAACCACUCUGGAAGGGGUUAUAUCACUUUGGAGCUGGGAGGAAAAGAACUACAAAAUAUAGCUCUGGCUCAAGGAGCACGUCUUAAUUCUCCAUACAGCAGAGCUCCAACCUGGAGGUUAGAGAAGUGCAAAGCUGGAAGAGCUGCAAGUUGCAAAGAGAAGACAUCUCCACAGAUCAAAGGUCUCCUUGAAAACCUCAACGUCAGUUUAGAUGGAGGGGAAAGAAAAGAAAAAAAGUGGUCUGCACCAGGCUAUACUAAACCUGACAGAAACAGUGCAGACUGCUUUAAAGGCCUUAGAGUGAAUGGGUCCUCUCAUACACAAGAUUGUUUACAGCUCUCCUUGCCUUUGGUGUCAGAGAGAAAGUAUGGGCAAUCCCCUGAAAAAUAUCAGCAUUCCAAAUCAUUAAGUGAACACCGGUAAGUGAAGAGGAACUGCCUUGUUCAGUACAAAUUUGGAUGCUUCUGUCCAGCCUGACAAUGAUUCCUGUUUAAACUGAAAUACAGGCUCAAAUACUUGAAGGUAACUUAUGAGGUGAAAGAUUUCGAUCUAAAGUGGAGUAGCUUGCACUUCCCAUGCUGCUCCUUUUUGUCAUGCACAAUUCUCCUCACCAUGCUUGCAAAAUGUGCGGUGCCAUGCUGAUCUACUCUCUGAAUCUACAUUUCUAUUCAGGAGGCACUACGGCACUGAAGGAAGAUAUUUUCUGUUUGCACAGAUAAUCCACAAAUGGCUAUCACGCAAAUCUUGUCCCUACGCAUGAAUCAGUUCUAAAAUUAUCUAUCUUCAUGCACUUUAGUACAAAAAAAAUCUGUGCAGCCAUUCCUGGCUUUAUGGUGCUACUGGAGAUGUGUUUCUUCAGCGGUAACGUUGUCAAAAUAUUGUAUAAAUGAAACAUAGCUGUGAUACGAAUUCUUCUGUGAGUCUUUAGAAUCUGUUGCUUGGUGCAUAUGAAACAGUGUUAAACGGGGAUCACUUAGAACAAUGGAUGGCCCUAUGCAGUUAAUUUGGUAUCUUCUGAAAGUCUUGGAGCUUUUGCAGUGGUGUCACAGGCAUUUGGUGUAAGAUGUUUCCCCUACAUCCAAGAGGACUUCAAUCCACACUCCACACUCCAGAUUUUUCUGGAGGUGCCACAACAAAGGAUGUAUCUACACUGUAGAAUUUAUGCAGUUUGACAUCACAUUAACUGCCAUGGCAUGGAGCUCUCAGUGGCGCAAUGAAUUAAACCCUUGUGCCAGCAAGACUGAAAACCUAGCAGGUUGGAGGUUCAAAUCCAGAGAGAGCAUAGAUGAGCUCCCUCUGUCAGCUUUGGCUCCCCUGUGGGGACAUGAGAGAAGCCUUCCAUAAGGAUGGUAAAACAUCAAAACAUCCAGGCAUCCCCUGGGCAACGUCCUUGCAGACAGCCAAUUCUCUCACACCAGAAGUGACUUGCAGUUUAUCAAGUUGCUUCUGAGAUUUAAAAAAAACUGCCAUGGCUCAAGUCUAUAUCUGGUGACGCAUCAUCUCUCUUUGGCAAAGGCUAAGGAACUUGUAAAACUCCAUUAAUUCUGCAGUGUAGAGGUACCCAUAGACAACUGUCCCAGCAGCUCUUUCCAGCCUUAACAUUAAUCAUGAUAUGCAAGGCUAAUGGGAAAAGUAAUCUAAGACAUUUGAAUGAAACCCAGUUGAGGGAGGGGAGUACAGACUGAAAAAUGCAAUUCAAGUACUUUGAAUGCAAUUUUCCUACUUCUUGGCAGGAGGUUGGACUGGAUGGCUAUGAGGUCUCUUUCCACUUUAUGAUUCUAUGUGGAAAUGGCAACACACCACAUUCAUCGGGAUCAGAUGUUAUAGCAAACUUUCCCUAAACAUUCCUAAAGAUUUGAAGUGACCUGGAGAAAAUUCAAAUUCAGAAAGAGUUGCCAUGAGGAGCUGUCUCAUGUAAUCUCCUCACCAGUAUAUGGUUUAUCUGGGCAGAAGUUAGAUUGGGUGAUUGGUAAAGAUACAGGGAAGGAAAAGAAUGGGUAGAAGAGUAGGUAUUACAGGUGACAACAGGCUGGAUCUACACUGCCUUAUAUCCCAGGAUCUCAUCCCAGAUUAUCUGCUCAGAACUUGAUUAUAUGUGUCUCCACUACUGUAUAAUCUGGGAUAAGGAGAUCUUUGGAUAUAGGGCAGUGUAGAAGGGAUAUAGGGCAGAGAGGUGAGAGCACCUAUGGUUCAAGCAACAACCCUGGUGAAGGUGAUCUUAGAUUACUACAACAAUGAUAUUUGCAGGAACAAUCCCAAUUGUCUAAAAGGAUGGGUGAUAGCAGGCAAUGCUAGGAAGAAGUGGAUUCUGUACAUCAGUAACACUGCACCUGUGUAUAACAUCUGAACGUGCUGAGCAAUCAAUAGCAAUAUUUUCAGCAAGUAAAUUGCUUUAGCAUUACCUUUCCAAGGAUUGUAAAUGACUGGUUGACUAAAUAAUGCAUGGAAAUAGAUUAUAAAAUCUAAUACAAAUACAUUUUAUAAAGGAUGCCCUACCUGAUAAACUUAUUGUAAGCUUCGUUUG